GAAAAAACAUGUGACGUCAAUGACUUCACUCACACAAGGGAAAUGGGAAAUGACAAACCUCGACAUGCAGGAUGAUGGAGAGACAGACGUCAGGAGUCGGAGACGACGAUGGACUGAAGACUGAAGAAAGAACAGGAUAUCAUCAUGUCCAGCAGAGAGAGCAGAGAUGUUGUUCGCAGUUCUUCUCGCAGGAGAAGAAAAAGCAAAUCCAGAAGCCCUCCCCUCAUGAGUGAUCUGAGGAUUGUUCUUCUGGGGAAGAGUGUGUCAGAAAACAGUGGAGUGGGAAACUUCCUGUUGGGACGAGCAGCGUUUGACAGUGAAGCUCCUCCAGAUGUUGUAGAGAGAGUCGGAGGAAGAUUGAAGGACAGACACGUGAUGGUCAUCAGCAGUCCUCAGCUGCUCCAGACAAACAUCUCAGAUCGUCAGAUCACACAGACAGUGAGAGAGUGUGUGAAUCUGUCUGAUCCAGGACCUCAUGUGAUCGUUCUGCUCCUCAAACAUGAUCAGUGUUCAGCAGAAGAUCAGGAGUGUGUGGAGAAGGUGCUGGACUCUUUCUCUGAGCGGGUUUAUCAACACACCAUGGUGCUCACCACACAAGAGCCCACUGAAACCAAUGACAUCCUUCAGAAGAUCAUUCAGAAGUGCUUCAACAGACACUUCAGUCUUCAGAGAAGCAGAUCUCCUGAUGAUCUUCUGCAGACGUUUGAGGACAUUGUGAAAAUUAAUGAUGGACGACACCUGGAUUGUGCUGAAGAUUCACGGUAUUUCACAAUGGAGCAACAGGCCACAGAAAGACUUUCAGAGGGUGUGAAGCUGAAUCUGGUUGUGUGUGGGAGUGACGGCACAUUAAAAUCCUCCAUAUCAGAGCAGAUCCUGCAGCAGACAGACAGAAGAUCAGACGUGGAUCUUCAUGGACGUCAGAUCAGUCUGGUGGAUCUUCCAGCUCUGUUCAACACUCGUCUCUCAGAGGAGGAAGUGAUGCGUCAGACUCUCCGCUGUGUGUCUCUCUGUCAUCCUGGAGUUCAUGUUUUCCUCCUCAUUAUUCCUGAUGCUCCACUGACUGAUGAAGACAAAGCAGAAAUGGAGGAGAUCCAGAGGAUCUUCAGCUCCAGGAUCAACAAACACAUGAUGAUCCUCAUAAUGCAGAAUUCAGAGCAUCAGACAGAAGAACUCAAUGAAGAAACACAGUCUGUCAUUGAGAGAUUUGGAGGACGACAUCAUUACUUUGGUCCCAACACACAAGUGUCCACAUUGAUGGAGAACAUUGAGAAGAUGCUGGAAGAAAACAGAGGAGAGUUUUACUCCACAGAGACAUUUCUGGAAGCACAGAUGGAAAAACUGAUGAAAUAUGAAGAGAUGAAGAAGAAAAUCAACUCACUAGAGACACAUUUACUGUCACAAGGUUCAAGAGAAAGCACAGAUGAACUGAGGAUUGUGCUGCUGGGAAAAACUGGAGUUGGGAAGAGUGCAACAGGAAACACAAUCUUAGGAAGAGACGCAUUUACAGCAGAAACAUCUCAAGAGUCAGUGACUAAAGAGAGUCAGAGAGAAUCAUCUGAAAUCAACAGCCGACACGUUACUGUGAUCGACACUCCAGGACUGUUUGAUACUGAACUGAGUAAUGAGGAGAUCCAGAGAGAAAUCAGACACUGCAUCUCCAUGAUCCUGCCUGGACCACAUGUGUUCAUCAUUGUGCUCAAUUUAGGACAACGAUUCACUCAAGAAGAAGCAACAUCAGUGAAGAUCAUCCAAGAGACGUUUGGAGAGAAAUCUUUAAUGUUCACCAUGGUGCUCUUCACCAGAGGAGAUGAUCUGAAGAACAAAACUAUUGAACAGUGUUUGGGAAAACCUGGAUCUCCAUUGAUGAAGCUGAUUGAAGCGUGUGGAAACAGAUUCCAUGUGUUCAAUAAUAAUCAGACUGGAAACCGAACACAGGUGUCUGAUCUACUGGAGAAGAUAGACAACAUGGUGAGAGCGAACGGAGGGAGUUUCUACUCAUGUAAGAUGUUCAGAGAGAUGGAGAGAGAAAGACAAGAACAACAGAUGAAGAUCCUGAUGGACAGAGUCAGAGAAAGAGAAGAACUGAUGAAGAAACUGGAAGAAGAAAUGAACAGAGAACGAGAGACAUUUAAAAAUAAAAUAGAGCAACUGAUGAAAGAAAAAGAAAAACUGCUAAUGAAAUAUGACACAGAAACAGACAGACUGAUGAACAGAAUAGAGAAUGAGAGGAAGAAAAGAGAAGAGGAAUAUAAUGAGAGAGAAGAACGAUAUAAAACACUAAUGAAAGAGAAAGAAGAUCUUCAAUCCAAACAUGAAGAAGAAGAAAACAAGAUGAAGAUCCUGAUGGAGGAGAAGCUGAACAGAGAAAGAGAAGAAGUGAUGAAGAAACACGAAGAAGAGAAAGAGAGAAUGAAGAAGAUGGUGGAGGAAGAACGACAGAAUCAAGACAAAGAGAGAAAGAGAAGAGAAGAAGAGUUUAAUGAGAGAGAAAAACGAUAUAAAAGAGAAAUGAAGGAACAGGAGGAGAUGAUGAGAGAUGAAAUGAAGAGAGAACGAGAGAUGUUUAAAGAUGAAAUGAGAAAAGAAAAAGAGAAUCUACAGACAGAAAUAGACAGACUUAUGAAAAGAAUAGAGAAUGAAAGACAGAAUCAUGACAAAGAGAGAAAGAGAAGAGAAGAAGAGUUUAAUGAGAGAGAAGAACAAUAUAAAACACGAAUAAAAGAGAAAGAAGAGAGAGAGGAAAAGAUGUGUGAGGAGAUGAAGAGAGAACGAGAGGAAUGGGAGAAACGGAAACUAGAAGAGAAGAUGAGAAGAGAAGAAGAGGAUGAGAAAAGAAGAGAGAAAGAACAGAGAGACUGUGAUGAAUUUAAUCAGAGACUGAAAGAAGAGAGAGAGAGAAAGAAAAGAGAGAAAGAAGAUCUUCAAUCCAAACAUGAAGAAGAAAAAAACAAGAUGAAGAUCCUGAUGGAGAAACUGAACAGAGAAAGAGAAGAACUGAACCAACAGAAUCAAGACAAAGAGAGAAAGAGAAGAGAAGAAAUAUUUAAUGAGAGAGAAGAACGAUAUAAAAGAGAAAUAAGAGAAGAAGAGGAACAUCAGAGAGAGAUACGAGACGAGAUGAGACGAGAACGAGAGACAUUCAAACAUGAAAUAGAGGAGAUGAGACAAGAAAAAGAGAAUUUGAAGAAAGAAAAGGAAAAACUGCAGAUCAGAUAUGACACAGAAAUAGACAGACUGAUGAACAGAAUAGAGAAUGAACGACAGAAUCAUGACAAAGAGAGAAAGAGAAGAGAAGAAGAGUUUAAUGAGAGAGAAGAGCGAUAUAAAAGAGAAAUAAAAGAGAAAGGAGAGAGAGAAGAAAAGAUCUGUGAGGAGAUGAAGAGAGAACGAGAGGAAUGGGAGCAACAGAAACUGGAGGAAAAGAGAAGAAGAGAAGAAGAUAAGAAAAGGACAGCGAGAGAAAAACAGAUUAGUGAUGAACAGAUUCAGAGAGUCAGGAGUGAAAUGGAGGGAAUAAUCAGAGAGAAAGAGAGAACAGAAAGAGAGAGACGAGAACAACUAGUGGAUCUAGAGAAGAGACUGACAGAAGAAAGAAACAUGAGAGAAGAUCAACAAAAGACUUCUGAAGAAACACUGAAACUCCUUGAAGAACAGCAUGAAGAAGAACUGAAGAGAAGACGAGUGGAGUGGAGAGAGGAAUAUGAACGAGAGAAAGAGAAGAUGAUGAGGAAGAUCUGCUCUGAAACUGAUCAGUCACUACAGGUUUCAGCCUACAGGAAACUGGAGAGAGAAUACAGCAGGUGGUCCUGGAGUCUUCGCAGUGCCAUGAUGAAAACUGAGAACAAACUACACAACAAAAUAGAAAAUAAAGUGAUUCAUGAGGUUGAGGAAACUGAUCUUCAAAGAGAACUGAAGAAGACAAGUGAAGAAGUGAAGAAAUCAAUGUCAGAAUUCAUUGAGAAAGACACUGAUAAAUAUAUACUGAUUCAGUGGAAAACAUCGUUUAUAAUCAAAGAGCUUCAGGAAAACAUUGUGAGAGAAACAAAGAGGAAAUUAAAUGAGGUUCUUCAGCAGCGACACCUGAAGAAAGAGAUUGAUAAUCAGAGGAAACAUCAUGAAAACACUCUCUAUGAGAAGAGCAAAGAACUCUCCUUAAAACUCAAAGACAAAACAAAUGAUGAAGAAACACUGAAGAAAGAGUUUGAUUUGUUCUGGGAACAGAGUGUGAAGAAGAUCAUCACAGACACUCCUGCAAUCAGAGACAUUGAUGUAAUGAGAGAUGUGAGAAAGAUCCUCAGUGACCUCUAUGAAAGUGUUUCUGUAGAUCACUGGAGGGAGAGCAGGGAUAUAUUAUCUGUGUCAAGUUAUUCAGAUUAUGUACGGUUAAAGAGAUUAAGUGGAAUUAAUGCAUAUUCAUUAAAUGCCAUCAGAUCAGCUAAAAAGAAGUUUGGUAUUAUUCUAUAUCGAGAGGAUGAAGCUCAAAUCAGAUCAUUAGUCACAGAUGUUGCUCUGCAGACAGACAGAAUGAUUCAGUCAUUUAACAUUUCAAAGAUGGGCUACAACAUCAGCUGCCUUCAACAACUCACAGAUUACAUCAAGGCAAGAGUAACACAACAUGAGGAAGGACGAGUGAAUUAUGUGUUCAAGAAUGAAUUCUUCAUGGAUUUGGUUCUUUCCAUCUGUAAGAGAUCAAACAAGAAGAUCACUGACCAACACAGACUGUUAAGAGAAGCCAAUGAUCCUGUAAUACAUGUUGAGAAGAAGAGAGAAGACUACUAUAGUAUUUUCCAGAAAUCCUGUCAUGGAUCAACAUCAGCUGCUGUUUUUGGUGCAAUCAUCUGUCAGAAACUGAAAGAGUCCAUUGAGCAGAGUGUCUACAAGAAGACUGCCAGAGAUCUGACAGAUGAAAUGAGAUCAAACUGUGAAUCACUGAAUGGAAACAGAUCAAAUCUGGAGAAACACAUCUUGAAGACACUGGCAGAAGAGGAGAAUUUUUCUGCAUACUUGGAUUACAUUAAUUAUCCCAGAGAUCACUACAAGAGAUUCAUCAGAGAUGAAGUCAGGCGGUACAUCUCUGAUAAGUUCAGUGUCAGUGUUUUACCCAAGAUGAAGGGGAACAUUGAACUCCUGCAGCAGAAGAUCAUGAAAGCAGCACAUGAAUCUACUGAACAUGUUCAACUGAACAGAGGAGAUGUUGGUUUGUGGUUGAAGAGUUUCACACAGCAGAUCUCAGAUGAGCUGAUCUUCUCUGAAAAAGACCUCAGUGGAGUCAAACAUGAUGAUGUUGAUAUGAAACUCCUAGAAGAUGUGAUGAGACGAGAACUUCCUGCUAUAAUGUCUGAGAUCAGCAGGAGAUUCAACACUGAGACAUUUCCAGUAAAUCUGGACUGUAAGUUCAGACCAGAUGAGCUUCUGAUUGAUCUCUUCUGUCAGUGCUGUUGGGUUCAGUGUCCGUUCUGUGAAGCCAUCUGCACCAACACCAUAGAAAACCAUGAUGGAGAUCACAGUGUUCCUCUCCACAGAGUGGAUGGAAUUAAUGGGUGGUUUUACGGUGGAACAACAAACUUGUCUAUUAGUAUCUGCACAUCAGCAGUAGCAAGUGAUCAAUGUUUUUAUCCCACUGACUCAGACGGUGCAGUCCUAUAUAAAGACUACAGAAGAGCAGGAGGAGUUUAUGCCGACUGGAGCAUCACUCCUGAUCUCUCUGAACUGCCCUACUGGAAGUGGUUUGUGUGCAGAUUCCAGAAAGAUCUGGAAAAGUACUACAAUAAAACAUUUGAGGAGGAUGGUGAGAUACCAGAUGAAUGGAGAGGAUACUCAAAAUAUGAAGCUAUUGAGAGUUUGGAUCAAUAUUUCUAAAGGAGCAGAUGAAGACUGAGACUCUUGCGUCUCCUCUCAGAUUCAGAUCACAGUCAGAAAUGAGUUUCUCUGACAUUCAUCAGUGAAUCUGAGCUCAUCUACACCUCAGAAGAUUAGAGCUUCAU